AUGGGUGUAACUUUAUCGUCGUCAUGACGGCGCUGAGCAUCGUGCGCUUCUGCGCACGAGCCGUAGUCCUGCCACGGGAGUAGUGGGUCGGUCAAUGCGAGACGGUCCCUCCAUUACGCAAGUGUGAUGUACUCUGACAUUGAUGUUCUCACAUGUUGAAUGUGCGGAUGUAGCUGCCACGAAAAUCUGCCAAGCUAGCACCGAUAGUGAGAAGCGAUGACGCGCGCGGCCUGCUCGCCUUCGUGGGUGUGGACGUGAGCAACAAACAGGUGGUCGUCGCGCUUCAUGGUGCUGUGAUGCACCCGCAGUGGUUUGUGUACUGGCGUAUGAAGCCCAUCGUGCAGGGCAUCGCAUCUGGCGGCGGCCUUGAGUGCGAGGUGCAUGCCAGUUUCUAAAAGAGCUACUUGGCCCUCCACCGCGGCAUCCGCACUGCGGUUGCACGUGGCUUGAAGCUAAACUCAGUCUACGAUGCCCUGGUAACCGGCCACUCCUCUGGCGCAGCUGGCGGCGAUAGACUUGCAGGCGCAUGUGAAUCGCAUGUUUGUUUGUAUCACAGCCGAUUGGGCCGCUCUACAUGUUUGCCAUGCUCUCGCAGGGCUCCCAUUUUCACAUUGUAAGUCGGCAAGCCCCCCGUUCCCCCGGAUGCUUCCCAGUGGCAGUGAGGGCGUUCAGCACGCUCCAUGUGAGGUUUACUGCGCCGAUGCCGUCCCCGCUAACUGCCGCGUGUGCGAGGACAGCGUAGGGUGCGACGACUCCACAUCCAUUGUGCACACCGCCGAGGAGGAUAUGCGUGGCCACUUCUUCUACUUUGGGGAGCGCAUUGCAAGUGA